CUAAAACCCAGAAACAAAACAAACUGCAAAGCAGUUUGGUCGUCUCAGCGAGCGAAAAAGAGAGGCGAAAGAAAUGGGACGAGAAGUAUCAGAGAGUUGCAUCGAUAGUUUACUAACAGAAAUGGUAUCAUCUUACUGCAAUCGAUUUUACUCUAACACUCCUGAACUCGCUGCCCGUCGGAUCGAAGCUAUUGGUUAUCAAGUUGGGCAUCAGCUCUCUGAACGGUACACAAUGGAACGGCCUCGUUUUACUGAUCAUUUAGAGGCAAUUAAGUUCAUAUGCAAGGACUUCUGGUCUGAGUUGUUCAAGAAACAGAUCGACAACUUGAAAACAAAUCACAAAGGUACAUUUGUGUUGCAAGAUAAUAAGUUUCGAUGGCUCUCGCGAAUGUCGGGAGAUCCAUCGGUUGAGAAUGGAACACAAGAUCCUGAAAGCAAGGCUGCACAAGCAAUGAGCAUGUAUUUGUAUUUUCCUUGUGGGAUUAUAAGGGGUGCCCUUUCGAAUUUGGGGAUUCCUUGUGCUGUUUCUGCUGAUAUAUCCAGUCUUCCGGCUUGUUCAUUUGUGAUCCGUAUAAAGGUUUGAUCGGCAGACAACAAAUGUGCAUCCAAAUCUGGCUUUGAAGUGUGUGCUUUCCACCAAAUUAGAUAUUUGGUUCCUCGUUUUUCCUCCUUGAAAAUGUACUUGUCUGAGAAUUUCUAAGCAUCCUACAAAAUAUGUCCAUAGUCAGCAGUGGAAUAUUUUCAGAUGAAUUCCUGUUACAUGUAUUCUUUUACGUGUAGAAGGUUAUGUUGAUAUAAUUGUUCCAUUAAACACAGCUGGUUUUGCAUUAA